AUGUCUGAAGGUACCCUCGCAUCAGCAGUCGCCGUACCAGAGCAAGAUACACUACGCCAAUCACCCGAGCUCUCAACGAAACGGAGACAAUCCUCCGUAUCAGAACACGAAACCAAGCGCCGCCGCCUCAGUUCCCAAGGCGAUAUCUCCCCAAAUGCACGUCGCCAACAGCAUUCGCCACAGGCUUCAGCACCAGAUCGUCCCGCCGAACGGAGACCGAACCGCCAGGGUCGAGAGGAAGACCGUAAGCGCGGGCAGCGACUGUUCGGCGGGUUACUUGGCACGCUCUCGCAGAGCUCGACAUCAGCGGCGCAGAAGCGGCGCGCGGAUAUUGAGAAGAAACAGCAGGAUAAGCUAAAGUCGCAGGCUGAUGAAUAUGAUGAAUUGAAGAAGAGGCGGAGGGAGCGGCGGGACGAGAUUCGGAGAAAAGAGAAGCCGUUUUAUGAACGGGAGGCUAUGCAAACUCGGCAUUCGAACUUGAUCGCCACGGCGCAUUUCCUCAAGACGCGAACAGAACCAGUCUUGUAUUAUAAGCCGUGGCAACUACGAUCCGGCGGCGAAGCCAUUAUACGGGAACAAAUCGAGGAAGCCGAAGCAACAGUCGCCCGAGAAGUCGCCGAGUUCGACGCCCGGUAUCCGCCAGAAGCCUUUGUGUACGAGAAGCUUGAGCCAAUAUCUGCAGAGGCUGCUGGGCAACAGGGAGAGCCAGAAGCGCAACAGGAGGCGAAGCCGACUGCACAGCCAGUCUCCGAAGAAGCCCCAACUCCCAAACCCGAGGCUGAGGCCGAUGCCCAGGAAGCCAAGGAGACAUCAGACAAGAAAGAUUCAGAGCCUAGCGAGGAGAAACCCUCCGAGCCCACCCCGACUAGCACAGUGCCUAUGUCUAUGGGUGUGGACGGAGCUGCAGAUUCUAGGGAUGCUCACCGUGCCGCUCACGACGACGAUGGAGAUGAAAUGUUGGAAGAUAAUGAGGAUACCGUGAUUUAUUAG